UUUCGAUGACGUAUCCCGAGCACAUGACAGCAAUCGUGUGCCCUCUCUUCGGUCGCGUGAUGAUGGUCAGGGACAUGCAGGGGGAGGAAACUACCGCAGACGUCAACAAACAACAUGUGACGCAUCCUAACCUCAAGAAAAAUACAAUUUGUUUCUGAUAACGCAGAUUGAUUACGAAAGAGCAUCGUACCGAUGAGCUACGUGCUGUGAUUUUACAUUUAUGGAACAUUGCGAAAAAGAUGCAAUUUUGUGGCAAGGUCGUGCUUAUCACGGGCGCCAGCUCAGGUAUCGGUGCUGCAACUGCUAUUCAUUUUUCUAGACUUGGAGCUAGUCUAGCUUUGACUGGCAGGAAUAUCGAAAAUCUUAAUAAAACAGCAGGAGAAUGCUGCGGACCAAACAUCCCGAAACCUUUAGUAAUACCAGCUGACCUUUCUUCUGAAAAUGACACACAAAUUGUUAUUGAAAAUACUAUCAAACAUUUUGGAAAGCUUGAUGUUCUCGUUAACAAUGCAGGUAUUCUUGCAAUGGGAAGUAUUGAGCAAACGUCUUUAGAGCAGUUUGACACGGUUUUCAAUGUAAACGUGCGUUCACUUUACCAUUUAACAAUGUUAGCGGUUCCACACCUCAUUACAACCAAGGGAAAUAUUGUGAACGUAUCAAGUGUAAAUGGUUUGCGAUCUUUUCCUGGUGUGCUGGCUUACAAUAUGUCCAAGUCAGCAGUGGAUCAGCUCACACGCUGUGUAGCACUAGAAUUAGCUUCAAAGAAAGUUAGAGUAAACAGUGUAAAUCCAGGAGUUAUAAUUACAGAACUCCAGAAAAGAGGUGGUCUGAAUGAUGAAUCUUAUAAUAUGUUUUUGGAACGAAGCAAAGAAACACAUGCCCUUGGAAGACCAGGGAACACAGAGGAAGUUGCUCGAGCAAUUGCAUUUCUUGCUAGCGAUGAUGCUAGUUUUAUCACUGGAGCAAACCUUCCAGUUGACGGUGGCAGACAUGCUAUGUGCCCUCGAUAGUUUGUUUCAGCUUUGAAAGGUGGUUUUUGGAUCAAUUUUUGGUGAUGAACGCUAGCCUUUCAAAAGUAUCUUAUAAAUUCAAAAGAAAUUUAAAUAUUUGGCAUAUAUUUCUGUUUACUUCAAAUGUUUGUAAUGUGCAAAAUUGUCAAAGUUAAAUGUACACCUCUGCUCCUCUCCUGAUUACUUUUUGUAAACUCAGUUAAUUUUAAGAGGCUUUCACUGAAAGUAAGUUUCCUUUCUCUGGAAACCUAAAAAUUACAAACAUUGAUGCAUUGCGCUUUUUGGCUUAGUACCAUUUUUUUAAUGUUAACUGCAAUGAAAUGUCAUAUAUUAAAUUGUAUUAAGUAUGCAUAAAUUUGUCUCUUAUAGAUAAUACACUUUCUACAGAUGUAAAAUAAUGGUAAAAUAUAAAUUUCUUUGAAUA